ACUGGAGCGCAAGGAAGCUGCGACGCGGAGUUUCACUCCGGCUGUCUCCAGAGAAUCGGAGCCUCCGCCGGAGUUGUGCCCAGGCCCGAGGGUAGCGGUGCCCUCCUCCUGCCCCCUCGCCCUCCUCAGCCUCGGUGUCUUGAAAUUUGUGUUGCUGAGUCAGCAAGCCUUUCAGAUUUGCCUGGGUUUUGUUGUUUGCGUUUUCUAUCAAGAUGGGAACUCGAACAAGUCAUUUCUCCUGAGGAUCGGGUGUCGCCACCAAGAAGGGACGGUUUGUGCCAGCUCUCCAGAGAGAAAAGGUCUGCUGGAAACACUGGGCAAUGAGCCGGAGACACCAGCCCGGAGUGGUCUGAAGCCAUUUGGGAAAGCAGAGAGAUCCUGGGGAAGAUGGCCAUGGCCCCAAGCUCUUCCUUGGCUCAGGUGUACACCAGCCCUGUGGCAGUGGUCGUGUGGGAGUGGCAGGAUGAGAUGGGCACCUGGCACCCCUACAGUGCCACUGUCUGUAACUACAUCGAGCAGCAGUUUGUCCAGCAGAAGGGCCAGCGCUUUGGGCUGGGGAGCCUGGCCCAUAGCAUCCCCUUAGGCCAAGCUGACCCUUCGCUGGCCCCUUACAUCAUCGACCUCCCCAGCUGGACCCAGUUCCGCCAGGACACUGGCACCAUGCGGGCUGUGCGGAGGCACCUGUUUUCCCAGCUCUCAGCCCCGGGCCAGGGCAUUGUCUGGGAGUGGCUGAAUGACGAUGGCUCCUGGACAGCCUAUGAAGCCAGCAUUUGUGACUAUCUGGAGCAGCAGAUGGCCAGGGGCAACCAGCUUGUGGACUUGGCACCUUUGGGGUACAACUACGUCGUCAACUAUGCCACCCACAUACAGACCAACAAGGUUUCGAACUACUGCCGUAGCGUGCGGCGCCAAGCAGGGCCCCCUUACCCAGUGACCACCAUCAUCGCUCCACCAGGCCACAUGGGAGUCGCCUGCUCUUGCCAUCAGUGCCUCAACAGUGGCGGAACUGGCCCUGUGUCAGGUCGCUAUCGCCACUCCAUGACCAGCCUCCCUGCAUACCCUACUCCUCAGACCCCCCAGAGGACUGCUGUUAUCUUUGGGGCCCACCAGGCCUUUGCCCCAUACAAUAAGCCCUCACUCUCGGGAGCUAGGUCUGCACCCAGGUUGAACACCACCAACCCCUGGGGUGGGGCGCUGCCCUCCUUGGGGAACCAGCCCUUUUACUGCUCCAGCCUCUCCCACCUGGGACCUCAGCGCCAGCCCCCAGGAUCAUCCACUGCCAGUGGAGCCAGUGCCUCCAUGCCCAGCGGUCCUGUGAGCAGCCCUGGGAGCAUCCCCACCACUGUGCCCGUGCAGAUCCCGAAGCCCAGCAGGGUCCAGCAAGCCCUUGCAGGCAUGACGAGUAUUCUGAUGUCAGCCAUCGGACUCCCUGUGUGUCUUAGCCGCGCACCCCAGCCUGCCAGUCCUCCCGCCUCCUGUCUGGCCUCUAAAAGUCACAGCUCAGUUAAGAGAUUGAGGAAAAUGUCCAUGAAAGGUCAGCAGAUGAAGGCCUUUUCCUACAAGUCUCGCCUCUGGGUGCAGUGUCUCUUUUGGCGAACGUCCCCUGUGUUGGUCCCCCUCCAGGACUGCAUCAUCUGUAUGGAGAAACUGUCCACGGUGUCUGGGUACAGUGACGUGACCAACAGCAUGACCAUUGGACCAGUGGCUGUAGGCCGCCUCACCAAGUGUAGCCAUGCCUUCCAUCUGCUCUGCCUGCUGGCCAUGUACUGCAAUGGAAAUAAGGAUGGAAGUUUACAGUGUCCUUCCUGCAAAACCAUCUACGGAGAGAAAACUGGGACCCAGCCUCGGGGGAAGAUGGAGGUGUUCAGCUUCCAGGUAUCCCUCCCCGGCCACGAGGACUGCGGGACAAUACUCAUAGUUUACAACAUUCCUCAUGGCAUUCAGGGCCCUGAGCACCCCAACCCCGGGAAGCCGUUUACUGCCAGAGGGUUUCCCCGCCAGUGCUACCUUCCCGACAAUGCCCAGGGCCGCAAGGUCCUAGAGCUGCUGAAGGUGGCCUGGAAGAGGCGACUCAUCUUCACAGUGGGGACGUCCAGCACCACAGGCGAGACGGACACGGUAGUGUGGAACGAGAUCCAUCACAAGACAGAGAUGGACCGCAACGUGACAGGCCAUGGCUACCCCGACCCCAACUACCUGCAGAAUGUGCUGGCUGAGCUGGCUGCCCAGGGAGUGACUGAGGACUGCCUGGAGCAGCAGUGACCACCAGCUGGCAGCCGGCAGCCAGCCGCCCAUCCCCACUGCUGGCUGGGCUGCUCUUGAGAUGGACCGGCAGGAAGGUGCUUUCCGCAGGAGCUGGCAUGUUUAUUGGGGGGUGGGCAUUUUCCACCGAAGCUGGGGCCUCUCCUGUUUGCCUUUCCUCCUUCCUCUUCCCCUCCAGGCCUGGAUUUGCAUGGGAAUCCGCAAGCCUGGGGAGUUGUACUUGUGGGGGCUUAAGAUGCAGCUACCUCAGUGCUGGGGGCCUGGCAUGGGCUGAGGAGAGACUGCCCCACCCCUAGCCAGGGGCAGGCAUGGGUCUGGGUCAGCUUCUCAUACCUCAGAUGUUCUGUUUGCAAUAAAUGUCCAAUAGCCAAAGUCA